ACAGAUCAUGUGAGCAUCCUGAAGAGCAUCCAACCUAUAAACAAAAUGGCAGUAGCUUUAGAGCCAGUUGGAGGUUAUGACUACCAGUGGAUUACCGAGCCUCCGGAUGAGCUGAAGUGUGCAAUUUGCAUAAGUGUAGCUAGGGACCCUCAACAACAUGGAGGGAGUGGUUGUGGAAAAGUGUUUUGCUCGAGUUGUUUAAAAGAGUAUGGUAGAACAAGUUGUCCUAUUUGCCGUUUGGAAUUGACUCUCUUCCAAGAUGUGCGAACAACUCGCCACGUUAAAGCCCUCAAAAUGAGCUGUAUCAGCGAAAGCUGUCAAUGGGUUGGUGAGCUAGGAUCCCUGGAAACACACCUAAAGACCUGUGAAUACGCCACCAUACCCUGCACUAAUGAAUGCAAGUUGAACAACCAAAACGUACGUAUUCUCAGAACGAAACUUGAGGAGCACCUCACCGACGACUGCCCAAGACGUCAGUACGAGUGUCCACAUUGCCAGGAGAUGGGGGAACAGCAGGAGAGGACCACCACUCAUCUGGAGACCUGCCCGAAGGUUGAAGUGCCUUGUCCGAAUGAACCUUGCUCAAUUACCAUUCCUCGUGACAAAUACAUUUCUCACCUAUCUGUCUGCAGCUACCAGCGUGUGCGCUGUAAAUAUGCUGCAGUUGGUUGUCAGAAGUUACCUCUGCGAAAAAAUCUCAAACUACAUGAAGACGAUUAUCAGCUACAUCUUCGAGUGACUACUGACAAAGUUCUUGAGCUAACAAAGUUACUGAAACAGCCCUUAAUCAAGUUCAAAGUCACAGAAUUGCAACAGCGAAAAAUGAACAGUCGAUUUUUUAGCCGACCUUUUUUUACUUUUCUCAACGGCUACAGGAUGCUUAUCUGUGUGUAUACCCAAAGAAAUCAUGUUUCAGUGUUGGCAUAUCUCAUGAGGGGAGAAAACGAUGACUCCCUGUCCUGGCCGUUCACUGGGACAGUCACAUUCGAGCUACUCAACCAACUGGAGGACAAAAACCAUCACAAGGAGAGUGUCACAUUUCCAGCAGAGAGUGGUCAGAGAGUGGUGGGCCGUGAGGCAGCACUUGCUGGAUACGGCCAGCCUAAAUUUAUUUCCCAUGUUGAUCUCGAUUACAAACAAGACACAAACACUCAGUACCUCGUAGACGACACUCUGGUGUUCAGUGUGUAUGUACAAGUACCUAGCUACAAGCCAUGGCUAGAGUGUAUUAGCAUUGACUAAAGAAAAUGGACUACUAUAGUGGAUAAGUAUAAUUAUAUAGAGAUAGCUAUAUUUAAACAAUUUAUCGUACCAUGCACCACACUUAUUGUCACAUUUUGUUAUUUUGUUGAAAUUUCA